AAUUCCUUUUUCCCAGGUGGAGUGGCCACAGCAAGUCCUAUCUGGUGGUGAGUGGCUGUCAUGAUCUCUACAGCACCGCUCUACAGCGGCGUACAUAACUGGACCAGUUCUGACCGGAUUCGCAUGUGUGGCAUCAACGAGGAGAGAAGAGCACCCCUUUCUGAUGAGGAGUCCACGACAAGUGACUGCCAGCACUUUGGAUCUCAGGAGUUUUGUGUCGGCAGCAGUUUUUCCAAGGUGGAGCUCACAGCAGUUGGAAGUGGCAGCAAUGCCCGGGGGGCAGACUCAGAUGGCAAUGCGACAGAAAAACUUGGGCACAAGUCAGAAGAUCAGCCUGAUGAUCCCCAGUCGAAAAUGGACUAUGCUGGGAAUGCGGCAGAGGCUGAGGGCCUCCUGGUGCCACUGAGCAGCCAAGGAGACGGGCUCAAGCUGCCCACUCCUGACAGCUCUGAGGCCAGCAACAACAGGGCUGAGUGCUCCUGGACUUCCCUCAGCACCCAAAUGAGCAAACAGGUUGACUGCUCACCAGCUGGGGUAAAGGCUUUGGACUCACGGCACAGUGUUGGAGAGAAGAACACUUUCAUUUUGGCAACUCUGGGAACUGGAGUCCCCGUGGAGGGGACCCUGCCUCUGGUUACCACUAACUUCAGUUCCCUGCCUGCCCCCAUCUGUCCCCCUGCUCCUGGUUCAGCCUCUGUGCCCCCAUCUGUUCCAGAUCCAUUCCAGGUUCCCCUCUCUGUUCCAGCCCCGGUACCCCAUUCUGGGCUAGUUCCAGUCCAAGUUGCCACUUCAGUUUCAGCUCCUUCCCCUCCGCUAGCACCAGUCCCAGCUCUGGCUUCAGCACCACCCUCGGUGCCCACUCUUAUCUCGGACUCAAGCCCAUUGUCCGUGUCAGCCUCUGUCUUGGUGCCUGUGCCAGCGUCUGCUCCACCCUCAGUUGCGGUCCCCUUGUCCGCUUCUGCUCCUACUCCUCUCUCAGUCCCAGUUUCAGCACCUCCCUUGGCUCUGAUCCAGGCUUCUGGGCCUCCUUCAGCCCCUACUUUGGUUCUUGCUCCUGUCCCCACUCCUGUUCUGGCUCCCAUGCCGGCGUCCACACCUCCAUCAGCCCCUGUGCCUCCAUCUGUGCCGAUGCCCAACCCAACCCCAUCCUCUGGCCCACCUCCUACUCCCACCCUCAUUCCUGCCUUUGCUCCCACACCUGUGCCUGCGCCCACCCCAGCCCCAAUCUUUACUCCAGCCCCCACUCCCAUGCCAGCUGCCACACCAACUGCCAUUCCCACCUCAGCCCCAAUCCCGGCAUCCUUCAGUUUGAGUCGAGUGUGUUUUCCUGCAGCUCAGGCACCAGCUAUGCAAAAAGUCCCCCUGUCUUUUCAGCCAGGGACAGUGCUGACCCCAAGCCAGCCGCUGGUCUAUAUCCCACCUCCAAGCUGUGGGCAGCCACUCAGUGUGGCCACACUGCCAACCACCUUGGGAGUCUCCUCCACUCUGACGCUCCCUGUCCUGCCAUCCUACCUGCAGGAUAGGUGUCUCCCGGGUGUGCUGGCCUCCCCAGAGCUCCGGUCUUACCCAUAUGCAUUUUCUGUGGCCCGGCCUUUGACUUCAGAUUCUAAGCUGGUCUCUCUGGAAGUGAACAGGCUCCCAUGUACUUCCCCGUCCAGCAGCUCCACCACCCAACCUGCACCUGAUGGGGUCCCUGGGCCUUUGGCAGAUACCUCCCUCACCACUGCUUCUGCCAAGGUGCUUCCAACUCCACAGCCUUUACUGCCAGCCCCCAGCGGGAGCUCAGUCCCACCACACCCCACCAAGAUGUCAGGUGGUGCUGAGCAGCAAACAGAAGGGACUUCUGUUACCUUCUCUCCUCUCAAGUCACCUCCACAGCUGGAGCGAGAGAUGGCCUCUCCACCUGAGUGCAGUGAGAUGCCCCUUGACCUCUCCUCCAAGUCAAACCGCCAGAAGCUUCCAUUGCCGAACCAGCGCAAAACACCUCCCAUGCCUGUAUUGACCCCUGUGCACACCAGCAGCAAGGCCCUCCUCUCCACAGUUCUGUCUAGGUCUCAGCGCACAACCCAGGCUGCUGGCAGCAACGUCACCUCCUGCCUGGGCUCCGCUUCCUCACCCUUUGUGAUCUUUCCUGAGAUCGUGAGGAAUGGGGACCCAAGCACCUGGGUGAAAAACUCUACAGCACUGAUCAGCACCAUUCCUGGCACAUAUGUGGGAGUGGCCAACCCAGUACCUGCAUCCCUGUUGCUGAACAAAGACCCCAACCUGGGCCUCCCCCGAGACCCUCGCCAUCUCCCCAAACAGGAACCCAUCUCCAUCAUUGAUCAAGGAGAGCCUAAGAGCACUGGUGCCACAUGUGGCAAGAAAGGCAGCCAGUCUGGUGCCGAGGGACAGCCAAGCACAGUCAAGACCCGUUAUACCCCAGCCCGCAUUGCCCCUGGGUUGCCGGGGUGCCAAACCAAGGAACUUUCUUUGUGGAAACCUACUGGGCAGGCAAAUAUUUAUCCACGGUGUUCAGUCAAUGGGAAACCCACCAGCACCCAGGUUCUACCAGUUGGCUGGUCACCAUACCACCAAGCGUCUCUGCUUUCCAUUGGCAUUUCCAGUACUGGGCAGCUGACUCCUAGUCAGGGGGUGCCCAUCAGGCCCACCAGCGUUUCUGAGUUUUCUGGUGUGCCAUCUCUUGGCUCCAGUGAAGCUGUGCAUGGACUUCCUGAGGGGCAGCCACGGCCUGGGGGCCCUUUCUCUCCCGAGCAGGACACUGUCACAAAGAACAAAACUUGCCGGAUUGCUGCCAAGCCUUACGAAGAACAAGUCAAUCCUGUCCUUCUGACUCUUAGCCCUCAGACAGGGACCCUGGCACUGUCUGUUCAGCCUAGCAGCGGGGACAUGAGAGUGAAUCAGGGGCCUGAGGAGUCAGAGAGCCACCUCUGCUCUGAUAGCACUCCUAAGAUGGAAGGCCCCCAGGCAGCUUGUGGUCUGAAGCUGGCAGGAGACACAAAGCCUAAGAACCAAGUGCUGGCUACCUAUAUGUCCCAUGAGCUGGUCCUGGCCACCCCCCAGAACCUGCGCAAGAUGUCUGAGCUGCCUUUGCUACCUCAUGACAGCCACUCCAAGGAACUCAUCUUGGAUGUGGUUCCAAGCAGCAAGAGGGGCUCCAGCACAGAGCUUUCACAGCUUGGAAGCCAGGUGGAUCUGGGGCGGGUGAAAAUGGAGAAGGUAGAUGGUGAUAUGGUCUUCAAUUUAGCCAACUGUUUCCGGGCUGAUGGCCUCCAAGCAGCUCCCCAGAGGGGCCAAGCUGAAGCACGGGCUAAGGCUGGGCAGGCUAGAGUGAAGCGGGAAAGUGUUGGGGUCUUCACUUGCAAGAACAAGUGGCAGUCAGAUGAAGUGACAGAAUCUCUGCCACCUAAGAAGAUGAAGUGUGACAAAGAAAGGGAAGGCGAGGAGCAGCAGCCACAGCAGCCACAAGCCAAGCCUGUAGUCCGGAGUUCCCUGGGAUCCAAGUGCCGGAAGCUGCCCAGCGACUCCCAGGAACCCACUAAGAAAAGCCCCAGAGGGGCUUCAGAUUCAGGAAAAGAGCACAAUGGAGUCAGGGGAAAGCACAAGCACCGGAAGCCAACAAAGCCGGAGUCCCAGACUCCAGGAAAAAGAGCUGAUGGCCAUGAGGAAGGUUCCUUGGAAAAGAAAGCAAAGAGCAGUUUCCGUGACUUCAUCCCUGUGGUUCUGAGCACCCGGACACGCAGUCAGUCUG